UGAUGACGUCAGAGUAAAAGGAAGUAAAAACGGUGACUCUCCGAAGCAUAAAAAGCGAUUUAGCUUUCAAUAUCAUCAGGUAAAAGAAUUUUAUGCAAAUGGAUCAACUUGAACAGAUGCCUUUGGAAGGUUAAACCACAAGUCAGUAAGAACAAGAACAUGCAGUUGUGAAGUCAAAGAGCGUGGAUGGAUGAGGAGAGUUAAGAUGAAGACAGCAUGUUGCGCUCUGUGGCUCUUUGUCUCGCGACGCUUGCGUCUCUGCUGCCCGGGACGUUGCAGGGUCCGCACCAACGCUUUCUGCUCCGGGAGCUUCUGAGAGACUACAACCCCAUGGAGAGACCCGUGGCCAACGAUUCCCACGCACUCAUCGUCCACUUCUCUUUGACGCUGAUGCAGGUCAUGGAUGUGGAUGAGAAGAACCAGAUCCUCACCACCAACGCCUGGCUCCAGAUGUGGUACGAUCACUACCUCCAGUGGAAUCAGUCGGAGUAUCCUGGUGUGAAAAACCUUCGCUUCACCGCGGAUCAAGUCUGGACACCUGACAUAUUGCUAUAUAAUAGUGCUCACAAUAAGUUUGACGCUACGUUCAAGACCAAUGUGCUGGUGAACUCCAGUGGCUUCUGUGAGUAUCUCCCUCCAGGAAUAUUUAUCAGCACCUGCAACGUGGACGUGCGUUGGUUUCCCUUCGACAUUCAGCGAUGCGAGUUGAAGUUUGGCUCGUGGACGUUUGACGGCUGGCUGCUGGACAUCCAGAUGAAGGAGGCAGACGUGUCAGGGUACAUGCCCAACGGAGAGUGGGACCUGCUGGAGGUCCCCGGAAGUCGCCACGAGAUGUUCUACGAGUGUUGCGCGGAGCCUUACCCCGACGUCACCUUCGUGGUGACCCUGCGUCGGCGAACGUUGUACUACGCCCUCAACCUCCUCAUCCCCUGCGUGCUCCUCUCGUCCAUGACGCUGCUGGUCUUCCUGCUCCCGGCCAACUCCGGCGAGAAGAUCAGCUUGGACCUGGGAACUUUUGUGAGGCGCUGCAGGGACCGACGUGGAGACAAAGGAAAGGCAGGACGAGGAGGAGGAGACGAGAGGGAGAAAACGAAGGAGCCUUGCAUCACCGUGCUGCUUUCGUUGACGGUCUUCAUGCUGAUGGUUGCCGAGAUUAUGCCCGCGACCUCAGACUCCAUACCGCUGAUAGGCCAGUACUUUGCCAGCACCAUGGUGAUUGUAGGCAUGUCCGUAGUGGCGACGGUCAUCGUCCUUCAGUUCCAUCACCACAACCCCAACAACGGGCAAAUACCACAUUGGGUCAACCUGGUCCUGCUGCAGUGGGUUCCUUGGUUCCUGCGAAUGAAACGUCCCGGCGAGGGAGGGGAUGAGCCCCUUCACCACAGCCAGGCGGACACUCAGAGCAAGACCCUGUCCUCGCCCGCCUCCGCCGCGUCCGCCGCCUCCGCCGUGCCCACGCCGCUCAGCCUGGCAUCGCUCAGAGCCAGCCUGGCCCAGCUCCACCCCUCGCCGCCUCAAGGGUGCGUCCUUCUCCCGCAUCCCAAUCUGCAUCCCCAGGCCAACGGUCACCUGCCCUACAUGGGAUUCCGGGCCUUUCCCUGCGCCGCGGAAAUGGAUGCUGCGGGUACCAGUGAGAGGAGGGGGGCGGCGGGGGAGGAAGUAGAUGGAGAUCCACCAAAUCAUCAGCACUUUUCACCUGGGAGUCCUUUACAGAAAACAAGUGCGUCUUUAAACCCAGAAUCCUCCACCGUGUCUCCGGGGACGGGUGGAGCAGAUGCCGCCCCCGCCCCCACCCCCACCCCCUCGCACGCUCACGUAAUUCGAGGUAAGUCGGCGGACGGCCAGCUCCAGGCUCUUCUCUUGGAGGUGCAGUUUUUGGUGGAACGGGUUCGCGAGCAGGACCGGCAGCUGGGUGUGGCCGAGCAGUGGCAGUUUGCCGCCGCCGUCAUCGACCGCCUGUGCCUGGUGGGAUUCAGCAUCUUCAACAUCAUCUGCACCAUCGCCAUCCUCAUGGCCGCACCCAACUUUGGGGAGGCUCUGGCCAAAGACUUCCUGUGAGGGGCGAGGUCGCGGAAGCGACUUUUGGAAGCUGGAGAAGACGCAUGCAGAUCCAUCGCAGACGGCCUUUCAUGCCGACAUGCUCACCACUUGUCCUAUCUAGUCCGAUGAAGCCUCCUCAGAUGAGAGGUCAAACAUCUUCAAAGACAGGGGGCGUCCAUAGUGCGGCCCCGGGUCGUGACUGAGGAACUCAUGAAGAACCAGUGAGGAACUAUAAUGACUAAGGCACAUACAUUUAGAGUAGUUACUGAGGAACUCGUGAAGAACCAGUGAGGAACUUCAUUUUAGUGUUAGUGGGGCCUCCACUCUGAACCCGACUUCCUGUCUGCCACCCACCCAUGUCUUAAUUAUUAUUAUUUCUGACUAUAUCUUCUAUAUUGGAUAGUGUAAAGUUGACCAUAGGGGUGUUAUUUUAUGUCUAGAGGGCUCUAAUAAUGUAAAAAAAAAACACAUGUAACAUGUCUAUGAUCUCACAAUGAAAAUACUAAAUAAGGUACCAAAACGACUCGCCACGUAAUGACACAGGCAGGCACCGCGAUCACCGCGUGUUCCUGUCUCUUACCCCCACCAAACCCGCCCACUCGCUUGCCUUUCAUGAUUUUGGAUGGAACAUUUGCAAU